AUGAGUUGGUCAUCAAUAAAAUUAUCAAGACUUCCAGAUGCAACAAUAUCAGUAUGGGGUCAUACAGCAACAAUAAGCGGAGAAAAAGAUAUUGUAAUCUUUGGAGGUUUUGAUUUUUGUAUAGAAAAGCCAACAAAUACAACAUAUAUAUUACAUACAUCACAAACAAAUGGAUUAACAAAACCAAGUGUUAGUGGAUCAUUACCACCACCGAUUUAUGGACAUUCAUCAACACAAGUAGGUAGGAAAAUGUUUGUAUUUGGAGGUAGUCUUCAAGAUAAUGUUCAAGUGAAUGAUAUGUAUCAAUUUAAUACGAGUAAUUAUUCAUGGAGUAAACCAAGACCAAUGGGUGAGCCACCAAUACCUCGUUAUGGUCAUAGUGCAUCAUUGAUCUAUGAUAAUUAUAUAUUGAUAUUUGGAGGUAACAAUACGAAAUCAUCAAAGCCAUUAAAUGAUAUUCACAUAUUCAAUACAGAGAGGAAUUCAUGGACAAAACCAUCAUCAAAUAGUUCAACAGGUGAAAUCAUUUUCAAUCCACAUGAUAUUUCACCAAGAUCAUCAACAACAACACCAACUCAUCAAAGUGUUAAUGGUAGUAAUAGUAAUAGUAGUAGCAGUAGUAGAGUUAGAUCUGCUACAAUUUCUUCACAUAAUAAUUCACCAAUUGUAAUGCCAUUAAAUAAUAAUAAUAAUAAUAAUAAUAAUAGUAAUAAUAGUAAUAAUAGUAAUAAUAAUGGUGGUGGAUCACCAAUGACAACACCACCAACACUUCAACAAUUACAUCUUUCACAAUUGAUGGCAAAUGGUAUUGGUAUGGGUGGUAGUAUAAGUAAUGGUAAUAGUGAUAGUCCUCCAUUGACACCAUCAAUGAUGGCGUUGGAGAGUUCAAUGUUGAAUGGAUUUAAAUCACCAUUAUCCUUAUCACAACGAUUACUUAGAAGUGGAUUUAGAUCAUCACCACCAUCAGCAAGAUAUUUUCAUAGUUGUAGUGUUAUCAAUGGCAAGGCAUUCAUAUUUGGUGGAUACAAUGGUACAACUCUAUUGAACGAUUUAUACAUUUUAAAUAUUGAAUCAAUGGAAUGGAUUUGUCCUCAUACAAAAGGUGAUUUGCCAACACCAAGAGCUGGUCAUACCUCUAUUGCAAUCGGAAGUAGAUUAUUUAUCUUUGGUGGAACGAUAGAAGGUGAUCCAUCAAGUUCAAACGCUCAUUGUGAUAAUGAUCUUUACAUGUUUGAACCGGAAUUAAACUAUUGGACAUUGUUAAAGACUUCGGGUACUUUACCAUCUCCAAGAACUGGUCAUGUUUGUUUACCAAUUUCAAGUAAAAUUUUAAUCAUUGGUGGUAGUGAUGCAAUCUUAAAUAAUAAAUUGAAAUUAUCAAAUACUUAUCAUAGUUUGGAAACUUUAAAAUUAGAUUUCUCUCAUUAUAGUCGUGGUGGUAGCGGUGGCGGUAGUAAUAAUAAUAUUAUUAUACAUCCAAUUACUUCAUCAAAUUCAACUUCAUCAAAUUCAAUCAUUACAAAUUAUUUACCACAUUUAAAACCAAGAAGUAGCAGUAAUAGUGGUGGUGGUGGUGGUAGUAUAACAAAUACACCAACUACAUCAUCAUUACAUAUUAAAGAUAAUAGUGCAUCACCCUCACCAUUAACACCAAGAUCAAUUGCAAGGAAUUCUCCAAAAUCUUCUAUAUUUCAUGAUAAUAUUAAUAAUAAUAGUAAUAAUAAUUUAUUAAAUACUUUACAAGAAGCAUCAAAAUUUGAAUUAUCACCUGGAACACCAAAAUCAAUUAGAGGUAUUGAUUCUCUUUCAUCAGUAUCAUUAACUCAAUCAAUUGAUAGAAAUGGUGGUAGUGGCGGUGGUAGUGGUGGAGGUAAUGGAGUUGUUUCAAAUGAUAGGGGUGAAUUUUUAAGACAUUAUACAACUCAAAGUAUAUUAAUAAAUAAAAAUAAUAAUAAUAAUAAUAAUAAUAAUAGUGGUGGAAGUAAUUUAAGUAUUAGUAGUAACAGUGGUAGCAAUAAUAGUAUUAAUUCAAAUGACGGAUUAGUUUUACAAUGUUCAACACCUCUUUGUAUUAAAAAAUAUAAUUCAUUAAAAGAUUCUUAUUUAGAACUUAAACAAAAAUAUCAAGAAGAAAGAGAAAAACGAUUGGAAUUGGAAAAAGAAUUAGAACGUUAUAGAUUAUCAUCACCAAUUACAUCUGCAUCGUCAUUGGUUGAUACAUUAUCAUCACCAAAUAAUUUAAAUAUAAAUAGUAAUAAUUCGACAACAACAACAACUACAACUACAACAACUACAACUACACCAAUACCAUUAUCAACAUCAAAUAAUAAUAAUAAUAAUAAUAAUAAUUCAACAUUAACAGUUCAAGAUCAAGUUACAACAUCAAAACAAAUUUUAGAGAUUUAUGAAGAUAUUUAUAAUUUAUGGGGUUAUUAUGAAAAGAGAGUUAAAUGGAAGGAAAACACUGAAAAGGAAGCAAAUCAACAAUUGGAAGUUAUUAAAUCAAAGAUUGAUUUAUUCACAAGUAUGGUUGGAUUAGAAAAUCAUUUUAGUUUCAAUGAUGAUACCAAGAGUUGUUGUUCAGAGAAUAUUAAUGGUGAUCAUAAUCAACAACAACAACAACAACAACAACAAAAUCCACAAUUUCAAAUUGAUGAUAAUAUUAGUGAAACAAAUUCACAAAUUUCAGAACCAGCUUUAAUUCAUGAAACAUUAACACCAAGAAAAAGUAGAGAAAAUUCAGUUCAUCAUUCAAGAUCAGUUUCAAAUCCAAUACCAUUACUAUCACAAAUUGUUAAACAAAGUAAAUCUGGUGAUAGUACAUUAACAGUUCCUCAACAAUUACAUUCAUCACAUAAUAAUUUAAUUCAAUUAGCUUCAAUUUCAACACCACAAAAACCACCACAACAACCACAACAACAACAACAACAACAACCACCACAGGAAAAUGGUAAAGAACCAUCAAAGAGUACUCAAAAAAUAUUUAAAUUAUUAAUUUCUAAAAAGAAUAGAGCGUCAGGUCAUUUUAAAUUGAGUUCAAGUAAUGAAUCAUCAAAUUCUGAAGAAACAACACCAACCUUUUCAAAUAAUCCAAAUUUAAUAAAUGAUGAAGAUGAUGACUCACAACAACACCAACAACAAACCAAUAUUGGUAGUAAUAGUAUUAGUAAUAUAAAUACAAGUAAUUCAACGACAUCAUUAUCAUCAUCGGUAUCAUCAACUUCACUUCAAACUCAAGAAGAAUUUGAAGCAAGUGAAAGAAGUAAACAAAAGAAAAGAUUAGGUAAAGCAUUGAAACAAAUGAUUAAUAAAGAUAGACAAUUAAAGGAAACAGCAGCAGCGGCUUUAGCAGUAUCGAAUAGUAAUGGUAAUUUAGGUGGUGGUGGUGGUGGUGGUAGUAUUAAUGGUACCACUAAUGUAUCAGGUAAUGGUGCAAAUAAUUUAGGUGGUUUAGUAUUGACCAGUGAUAAAGAAAAAGAGAAAUUAGAAAAAGAGAGAGAGAAAUCAGAAAGGAUUGAACGUGAGAAACAAGAGAAAGAGCGUGAAAAAUUAGAAAAAGAGAGAGAGAAAUCAGAAAGGAUUGAACGUGAAAAAUUAGAAAAGGCAGAGAAAGAAAGAUUGGAAAAAGAAAAAAUUGAAAAGGAGAAACUAGAGAAAAAACAUAAAAAAAUUAAAGGAUUAUUUGGUGCUAAAAGUUCAAACAAAGAAUCAUUACCAUUUAGACGUGAUGUCAUUGAAAAAGUUAUCAAUCAUCUUAGAGAGAAUUCAUUAGACACCGAAGGUAUAUUCAGAUUAUCAGGUAAUAUGGAAUCGGUUAGAGGUAUAGUCAAAUCUUUUGCACAUGGUGAACCAAAUCUAAGUUUUGAAGUUCACAACAUUAGCAAUGCUUUAAAACACUAUCUAAGAUCAUUAGAUCCUCCUUUAAUACCCUACGAAUUCUUUUUAAUGUUAUUGGACGCUAGAAAGAAUGAAGAUGCAGAAACCAUUAGAAAUAUAUUUUGGAAAAUUCCUUCCGAUAAUAGAGUUGUCUUAACAUUAUUGGUUGAUUUAAUGGUGAAAAUAUCGGAAAAUUCAAAUGUAAAUAAAAUGAACUCAAAGAAUCUAUCCAUUGUAUUUGGUCCAACCAUAUUAAAACCACGAACACCAACUCUUGAUCGUAUGGCGUUAAUGACUGAAACUCAACUUCAAUGUGGUAUCAUUCAAACUUUUAUAGAGGAUUUCCAUUAUAUCUUUUCAGAGUUUCCAACUUCUGGUCCAAAAUCUUUCCUUGGUGAUGAUGAUUAUGAUUCUUCAUCUUUUGGUUCAAAUAAUACUCCUUCAUCUCAUUCUCCUCAUAGUUCUUCACCAACUCUUAAUCCAGCUGUAACAACAACAACAACAACUACCACUACAACAAAUACAACAACCACAACAAAUACAACUACAACACCAACUUCAGCUACAAUUUCACCAAAUAUAAUUCAAACCAAUAAUUGUGAUUCAGCUUUAUGUACACCAACAACAUUAUCUUCUACAGCAGCAAUAAUACAGUCAAAUAAUAAUAAUAGGACUGAUAGUAAUAGGAAUAAUUAA